UUGUUUAGUUAGUAUGUAAACAAACAGGCUACGCUACGAGAGAGUUGUGUUGUGUGCAUAAAAAGUUUAGCUAACUUAACUUAUCCUAUAUUUCAAAUUAAAAAUAUUCUCUUUCUUGUUUUAGCUGCAGUUAUAGUGACAUAAUGAUCGUGUUAAAAUGUAUAUAAAUCUCCUGAGGAUCCAGGCUAUACUUAGACUACUGUAUUUUGAAAAAUAACCUAGUAGCAUGGCAGCUACCAGAGAAAAACGGUGCAAUGCUGGUAAUAAGUUGGCAAAACUAUUGAAUGAAGAGGAGGAAGAUGAAUUUUAUAAAACUACCUAUGGAGGGUUUGAAGAAGUUGAAAACGAUGAUGACUAUCAAUCUGAAGAAGAGGCUGAAGAUGAAGUCGAUUCAGAUUUCAGUAUUGAAGAGAAUGAUGAAGUGAAAUCUGACAAUGAAGAUGAAGACUCAAAAAAGAGACAGAAGAAGGGUGUUUUCACUAAAGCUUACAAGGAACCCAAAACAGUUUUGAAGAGAGUUGAUUCAACUGGAAAGUCAGACAAAGAGCCACCCAAGAAGAAGAAAAAGGUUUCACAUGACGAAAGUGUUUUGGCUGCCGAUCUAUCCGAAAGAAAAUCAACACGUCACUCAACAGCUGUAAAAUCAGCAGAGACGGCUCAACGUGUGAGAGAGCGAGCCUUAGAGAGACGGAGGAAUCGCAAGAUAACAGGAGGUCCUGCCUACAAACCCACACAAGAGGAGUUACUGGAGGAGGCCAAACUAACAGAACUAGAAAAUCUCAAGUCAUUAGAGAAAUAUCAGAAAAUGGAAUUGGAAAGGAAGAAAUCAAGAUCGGUUAAAAAAGUGUACACCGGUCCAACAAUCAAGUAUCACUCCAUAUCUAUGCCAUUAAUAGCUGAGGAUGGUACUACUAUAGAAGGUCGUUAUGAAAGAACCUUUAUAACAUUCAGUGAUGCAGACACUAUGGCUGAAUCAUUGCCUCCGAGCAUUCCUCCCAAGCUUCCUGCCAAACAGUUGUGCCCCAUUACAAGAGCCCCAGCGAGGUACCUGGAUCCUGUGACUCAGUUGCCAUAUUGCAACCCAGCCACGUUCCGUAUCCUGCGAGAGGCUUACUACCAGCAGCUGGAGGCGAGGGGUGACCGAGGCAACCCCGAGGUGGCCGACUGGCUAGCCUACCGUAACACUCUGAGGGACAAGACGUCUCAUAACAUCAAGGUGGACCCCUCGUUACUGCAUAUUCCCCCUAAGAUCAAAGAAGAACCUAUGGUGGUUACUGCUCCACCUACUGAAGGGCCAGUUCAAGUCCCCAUGAUAACUACAAUUCCUUCUCUUUCUGUUGGCAGAAUAGAAGAAGUCCCUCUUUCUACUCUAUCACCUGUCAAAACAUAAAAUGUGAAAAAAGUAAAUUUUUUAUAUAAAAUAGGU